UUUUUUUUUUUUUUUUUUUGUUGCUAUUGUGAGCAGCUUCAGACUUGUACCUCGACCCAGUGCGUUGUUCCUGUCGUUUUGCCCGACCGUCUUUCAUUCUCCACUCGCAUCUCUCAUUCCCUCUCAUCCAUAGAAAUAGAAACUUACGCAAGUCGUCAUGGGUCGAGCUAAUAACAAGGCCAAUACAAAGGGUGCAAAAGGACACAGGCAGGCGAGAGCUGCUGCCAACGCCAACGCCAAUAGCAAGCUCAAAAAGGAUCCUGGUGUGCCUAACCUCAACCCCCUUCGGGAGCAGAUGCUCCUGAAGAAGCAGCGUAUCGCUGAAGCUAAACAACUUCAAAAGGAGGCACGGGAGAACGCCAUGAACAAGAACCGCAAGAUUAUAUCCCGUUCUUCCAUACUCUCCAUCCAGGACAUUGCUCAUCAAGCCACUGCUAGGGGCCAGGAUUUCGAUGCCACUGCGGUCGAGGUUAAAGAGGACGACGGCGUUCGGGAGGUCGUUGAUUCCGCAGCUGUCGGUGGCAAAGAUAACUCUAGAAAGGCGUAUUACCGAGAGUUCAGGAAGGUCCUUGAGAAUGCAGAUGUUAUUCUGGAGGUGUUGGACGCUAGAGAUCCAUUGGGCUGCAGGACAAGACAGAUUGAAAGAUUGAUCAUGGAUUCUGGCAAGGACAAGCGCAUCAUUCUUGUUCUCAACAAGAUCGAUUUGGCGCCGAAAGGGAACGUCGAAAGCUGGCUCAAAUACCUUCGUAACGAAUAUCCCACCAUUGCUUUCAAGGCAUCAACUCAGAAUCAGCGCACGAACCUCGGACAGAGCAACAUCGGCACAGAUUUGGCAUCAGAGGACAUGUUGACAAGCAGUGAGUGCUUGGGAGCAGACCAGCUUGUGAAGCUGCUCAAGAACUACUGCCGUAACGCCAACAUCAAGACCGCUAUUACUGUCGGCGUCAUCGGAUACCCCAAUGUCGGAAAAUCCUCGGUCAUCAAUUCUUUGAAGCGCUCCAAGGUCUGCGGAGUCGGCUCAACACCAGGAUUCACCAAGGUCGCACAGGAGAUCGCUUUAGACAAGAAUAUUAAAUUGCUGGAUUGUCCCGGCAUUGUGUUCUCCAAGGGAGACAAUGGUGAGACAGCGGCCGAGCUGUUGCUUCGAAACUGCGUCAAGGUCGAAUUGCUGGAGGACCCCAUUUCGCCUGUCGAGCUGAUUGUGGGCAGGUGUCAAAAGGAGCAGCUGAUGGAGAUGUAUGGAGUGCCGUUGUUUGAGGACGUUAACGACUUUUUGGUUCACUUGGCCCGCCAACGAGGAAAGCUCAAGAGGGGUGGUAUUCCAGAUAUUUUUUCUGCAGCACGAUCGAUUCUGAACGACUGGAACUCUGGAAAGAUUCCCUUCUAUACGAUCCCGCCUGUUACUCGCCACACUCCUGUUGCAGCGGCUUCAAUGGUUGAAGGAUGGAGCAAAGAAUUCGAUAUAGAUACGCAGGAAGAUGUUCAGGUUUUGGCCAGCAUGAAAUCGACUGUGGAUAUGAAGUAUGCUAUGGCCAUGGCAGCUCAAGAGCGCGAGGAGGACGAGGUGGACAUGGCAGAUGAAAUCGAAUAUCUUGGAGAUGAUGACACUUUUGGCGAUGAUACGGCUAUGGACGAGGACGAUGGCAUGGACGAGGACGAUGGCAUGGACGAGGAGAGUGGCGAUCAGGAGGCGCCGGUUGUCCCACGGUCAUCCAAGCCCAUUAUCAACUUCAAGCCCAAGGGUAAGAAGUUGGAGCCCAAGGUGAAGCCUCAGAUGGCAUUCACACCCGAGGAGGCCGAGCUGAAUCCGAGGUUGAACCAGGAUCGUAAGAAGUGGCUGAAGCAGCAGCAAAAGAAGGCUCGUAAGAUGCAGGCAGCGAUUGAGGCAGGCGAGGAUUUGGAUAUGGACGACGAUGACGAAGAGAAUAUGGGUCAGCAAAACUUUGGACAAGGGUCUCGAUUCGACUUUGGCAGCUUUGGAGUACAGUUUGGUGGCGACGAUGAGUUGCCCGAUGAGGAUGAAGACCUGUAAAGUGCCAAUUACCAUGUUUCCUAUCCACUUACUAUUCUUUUUUUUACCAUCGCAUAUCACCCAUGUCCUCCUUCCCUUUUUAUUAUUUGAUA